UGAUACGUAGAACGCGUAGGAGACGGUCAAAGGAUGAAAAAUAUGUAUUUUAACCCAGUUUAUUACUGUAAGAGAAUUAAAAUAAAAUGGAAGUAAUGUAAAACGACGUGUGUUAACUUGACAAGGAUGCCAGUAGAUAUAAACAGAUUGACUGAAGGGUGGCUGGAACUGGAAAGUGACCCCGGAUUGUUUACACUACUUUUGGAAGACUUUGGAGUAAAAGGAGUACAAGUUGAGGAGAUUUAUGAUUUGCAGAAGUCGCUCGAAGGCCCUGUAUAUGGUUUUAUAUUUUUGUUUCGAUGGAUUGAAGAACGUCGUUCACGGAGAAAAAUUGUUGAUGAGAUAGACAGCUUUGUCAAGGAUGAAGAAGUUGUCAACAACAUAUUCUUUGCACAACAGAUGGUGCCCAACAGCUGUGCGACACACGCCCUCCUGUCGGUGCUGCUCAAUUGCCCCGACAUCCACCUGGGCGCCACGCUGAGCCGUCUCAAGGCGCACACUUCAGGAAUGUGCCCCGAGAACAAGGGUUGGGCCAUCGGCAACACUCCAGAGCUGGCCAAGGCACACAACUCACACGCGAUGCCGCAGGCCAAGAGGCGCCUCGACAAGUCGUCGUCAUCCGGUGGGGUCAGCACGGGUCGCUACACUGGCGAAGCCUUCCAUUUCGUCAGCUAUGUCCCCAUCCACGGCAAGCUGUUCGAGCUGGACGGCCUCAAGCCAUUCCCCAUGGACCACGGCCCGUGGGGAGAAAAGGAAGACUGGACAGAGAAAUUCCGACGUGUGAUCACGGACAGGCUGGGCAUCACGGCGGGAGAACCGUACCACGACAUCCGCUUCAACCUGAUGGCGGUCGUCCCUGACCGGCGGAUUGCACUCACCCGCAAGAUCAAGAUGCUCAAGACCAACAGGCAAAUUGUGCUGGAAGCCUUGCAGCAGCUGGUGAAGCUGACGCAGUCCGAGCAGCACCGACACCGGCAGCAGCGGGAGGAGGGAGGAGAGGAGGAGCCGUCGGCAUCGGCAGCCGCGGAGGACGGGGAGCGCGACGACACGCCGGGUGGCGACGGAACCGACGGUGACGCGGAGGCGGACGGACUGUCGCCGGCACGCGACAGUGAGCAGUCCGGAGGCACCGACUGCAGCUCCCUGGAGGCUCCGGAGGGCGGCCUGGAAAAGGCCUCUGCCUCCCCCCAGCAGCGGCGGCAGCAGCGCCAGCAGCAGCUGUGCCCACUCGACUACUCGACACCGCUCACCAUCCAGAUCUCACCAGCACCCAGCAGCUCCAGCACCGACACCUCGUCCGAGGUUGGCUCUGCCUUCAACUCUCCCACACAAGUAUGCAACCUAGCGUAUAGUCCUCGAUUUAACAGAACAGGGUGGAGCUGGAACUCCGGGCAGAACAGCCCGACAUCUGCAAAGGACUUCAAGAAGUUCGUCGUCAUACGUGUGGGCGGGCCCAGCUCCGGAUCAUCCGAAGAGAAGAUGGACUCUCCCACAGGUAGCCGCGUCUCGCUGGUAGGUCCUGGUACAAAGCGGCCUUCGGGCGGUGGUGAUGCUGUGGUGCCGCCCGGCAAGAAGCUCUGCCCUGAAACUCCCGCUUCCUCGACCACCUCGCCCUCGUCUGCGUCGUCGACGCCUGCAGCUUCGCCCUCCCCUGGCCACUUCCCGGCUGGGUGCGGAGAGGUGCAGUCUGGGCCGGCUGACGGCGCGUCAGUAGGGAGCGCUUCUGCAAUUGCCGCUACUGCUGUGGAGCACGAGAAAAAGGUGGAUUUGAAGAUGUGCAGCAAAUAUCCGGAGCUCUUUGAACCACAUAAAUUUGCACCGAAGGAUCUUCUCGCAUUACUUAAGAACUUGGAAAAUGAAAUUGGAGUGUGUGAGCUAAGUCUUCAAGAGGAAAAUGAUAAACGCAACAAGUACAAGGUGGACGACUGCCGGCGGACGCACAACUACGACGAGUUCAUCUGCACGUUCCUGUCGAUGCUGGCACAGCAGGGGCAGCUGGCGGACCUCGUGCUCCAGCACCAGGUGCAGCAGCACAAGAAGUCGCCGGCACCCGCCCGCACGCUCCAGAGGCCGCCCAAGAAGGUGGAGGCGACCACACCACCGACACCACCAGCUGCACGGCCAUCGCCAACUCGCCGCCGACGGGGGCGCGCCAAGUACCGCCGGCGCAAGUGAGUGGCGGGUGGCGGCAGGAUCGGGCUCACACCUGGAGGCAGCGAGUGGGCGACCCGCAGCUCGUCGGAGUCACUACUCCGGUGCUGACGCUCUACUCGAGAGGCGUUCCGUGGGAGUGUUCUGCGGGACGCCUCCUACGUGACCGCCCACAUUGUCGUGCCUGUCUGUCGACUCUGCCUCGUGCAAUUCGAUAAAUCUGUAUAGGCACAUAAUGUAAAAUUAAGUUUGUUGUUUUGUGUCAUUUGUAUCAAUUUUCUUGAUGUACAGCUGACCUAAUUGCUUUAUUUUGUACUACUUUACUUUAAAUUUGUGGAAGACUGCGUAUUUAUUUGAGCAUCUGUAAGUGGUCUGUAGUUAAUUUCUGUGAGAAUGCACCAGUUGGUGACAGUUUGCAGUAGUGUGUAUCUUAUAUGAUUAUCGAAUUCUCACAUUUCCAAAAUGUGCCCCUUUAAUGAUAUAUACUUUUGUUGUAAGUGACAGAAUAUGGGGAAGAGCGACUGAAGUGAAAUAAAGGAGGGGGAAGGGAGGCAAUAUUUGCAGGCAUACUCGAGCAUUUGGCAUCACUAACUGCAUUGAUAUCAGUCAUUAACUAUCGUUGCCAGAGUGUACUGGUGGUUUGGGUUUUGUCAGUGACUUCAUUAGUUUUUUAAAAGUUGAGAUCUCAUUUUUGAGUAACUAACAGUUUUGUGUGGCUUCUCUGUGCAGUCCUGCAUUCCAGCUUCACAUAUCAAUUUAGCUACCCUAUUUAGUCCACUGUGAAAUUAUUGUUGCCACAGAAUUGACAGCUUUGGGGGGGGGGGGGGGGGGGGGUUGCCGUCUGCUGGGUUUCAUACGGUUCCCUAUAAUAACUUGAGACAAAUGUCUGGCCAAUCCCCCCCCCCCCCCCCCCCCCAAUCUAUCUGAAUGUGGGUCCCGCGUCCACUGACCUCACCUUGAGGAGGAGGACGCUAAAUUCUCACUGUCCCACAUGUGCCCUUAACUCAUGGUUGUACCUGGCAGAUGCUGCCAGCAUAAAAAGUUCUCACAUUUGUCAGUGGUAGCUGUGUAGCAACGUGAAAGAUAAAGAUGUAUAUGAACAUGUAUUGGUAUGACUGUACAGAGACUUACCCUGUGCCCAACCCAGACAGUACUCACAUAGUAACUACAAGUUUCUGGUAAGUAGCCAACUGAGAGUUACUCUGUUAGUAAAUUAAGCUCUAUAGUCAUUACCUCCUUAGCUUACACCACCAUUUUAAAUGUUGUAUUAUCGGCAGUUUCAUUACUUUGCAUUCUGUAAUAAAUGCUGUAGUUGUGCCCACUCAGACAAUAGCAAAAUUAUAUGUGUGUUUAUAAACUGACUUUAGUCUAAUAACAACAGGAAAUAGGGCAUUUGUGAAUAGAGAGAGAUCUGUCAAGUCCUAGAACAAUAUUAGAUGUGUUACCUUCGUGUGUAAAUGCAGGUUUUUAGUUACAGGUCACAGAAGCCAAGAAUUUAGGAAAUCUCACAGACACACAGUACUGAAACGUUUGAUACAGUUUGAAGCUCUGAUAAUGUUAGUUUUGAGCAACUCAUUCAGAACAUCACAUGUUAGCGGUGUAUUAAUUUAUAUUUGUUGGCACUCAAAUCCCUGUUGUUACUGGAAGUGGCUGAGCUGGAUAUUAUAUAAAAGCAAUUAGUUUAAGAUUUAAGAGUAUUUAACAUCAUUCCAGUGUUGUAGAGCUAAAUUUCAUGCUGAUGGUUGUUUAUUUUUAUUGUCUGUUGAUCGUAAAAUAAAGAAUUUUAUAACAAACA